AUGGAGCAGUCCUCGCCGUUGGCUGCCAUGCAUCCUCCCUCUGUCCACUUCGGCCACUGCUUCAGAGCAGAGCCUGCCAGCUCCUUCACCCAGUUCCCGGCCGCCGUGCCCUCCUUUGGCCCCGAGAGCUUCAACUUCAGGGAUCUUUCCAUGAAGCGGGCGAGGGCCGACUACUUCACGGCAGUCAAGCCUGCUGCUGCUGCUGUGCGGCCCUCGCCCACCGUCUCCCUCGCCGCAGACCUCUCCCAGAACUUCCACAUCGACCAGAGUCCGCAGUUGGCUACGCCUCGCAGGUCGCUGUUUUCAGCUAAUCUGUUCGGCUCGGAUAAUGAUAUCAUGGAGAUGUCUCCUCUCCCGCACAAGGCCCCUUCGGCAUGA